AUGAUGUUCCCCAACUUCGCUGCCGGCCUUGUUGCCGCUCUUUCUAUCUCCGGUGUCAACGCUGGUCUUUGCCGUCCUAGCUCGCAGACCAGCGUGGUGGUUUCAUCUGGUAGCACUACGGCUAAGACUGCUACUGAGACUUCAGCCACGCAGACUGUUGUUGGUACCACUACCACCAGUGUCGAGACCGGUUCAGAGACCACCACCAGUGAUGCUGGUGCUGAGACGACCAGGAGCGUUGAGUCUGGAUCUGAGACUACUACUGCCGAGACCGGAUCUGAGACCACUACCGUUGCGAUUGCCUCUGACACCACCACCGCUGAGACAUCCUUCGCCACUACUACCGUCCUCACCACCUCUGGUAUCGAUGUCACUACCGAUGUGACCACCUUCAUCACCCUCACCGCCACCGACACAACCACUUCUGAACUCGCCACUACUUCUGCUUUCGUCCCUGCCGAUCUCUUCCCAUGCGAAGUCAGCCAGGACUGUGAAGCCUACAUUCAGCUCUGCGAUGCUAUCCGCUGCGGCUGCAUCAACCGUAACUGCGAGCAACUCACCGGCACCACCAGUGCUGAGCCUACCACCACCGCAGCUGUCGAUGAGGAAACCACCACUACUGCUGAGGCUACCACUACUGCCGCCACCGAGGAGAACACCACCACCGUUGCAGUUGAGGAGCCUGCUACAACCACGCAAGCCGAGGAGGCCACCACUACUGUGGAACCCCUUCGUCGACGCGCUCUCGCUAGCGCUGUCCCCGAGGGUACUCACUACUGCAAUGUUCCUAAGGACUGUGAGGAGAAGAUCGACAUAAAUGGAUACAGCUGCGCGGACUUCGAUUGCACUUGUGCUGAGAACUCUUGCGUUGCUGAGGUGCCCUACCUCUAA